GGUAUAGACAGUGUAAGAACUGUGCUUCUCGCUGGGCUUUUAUUUCAAAAUAUUGUCGCUCAAUACAUUCAAAUACAUUUAAUAUUAUAAUUAAGUUUUAGUUGUUAGUAAUAAUAUAUUAUCUAAAAUUAUUUCAUCAAAAGUACCAUGCCAAUGUAUUUCAUCUUUGAACCCAGUUGAAUUCUAAUUGUUUAUUUCAUUCUAAUUUCGUUACUAAAUUUUGUUACUGAAAUCCGAGAAGAGAUAUGAAUGGAACUACAAUGGAUCGUCAUGGACACGGCCAGACAAAUCCUAAAUUGCCUCGAAAUUACAAAUUAAUGGUUGAUCCAUUUUUAACAAAAGGAGCUACUAAACUUUAUAGGUACGAUGGAUUUAUACCAAAUGAUACUUCAUGUCCUCAAGUUGUACCCAGGGAUCCUAGAUCUCAUCUAACUAGAAUAUGGACAAGAUUGGAAGUAUUAGACCUACCAGUUCCGAGGUUCAAAAUCGAUGUUAAUUACAUUGGUGAACCGCCAGCGAUUGAAGUAACAUUAUUUCACUUGAACGAUAAUAUAGACAAAUUAUUUUUGAGAGACAUGUUACAAAAAUUUGGCCCCAUUGAAGAAUUAUUUAUUUAUUAUCACCCGGUUACAAAUAGACACUUAGGAAUUGGUAGAGCCAUAUUUGAAACAAUACAAAGUGCCAAGACUUGCGUCGAAAAAUUGAAUCAAACUAGCGUUAUGGGCAAGGUUUUAGAAGUAUUUUUGGACGCAUUCGGAGAAAAGUGUAAAGCUAAGUUUGAAGAGAUCACAACAGAAAAAAAACCCGCGGCUCUUCCACUAAAUACCGAAACUACGCCAAAAACAGAAGUGAAAGUUGAAGGAGAAAAAUCUUAUGAUCCCAAAGACGAAGAAUUCGAUGAAUCAGCAGAGCGAUACAAAAAGGAAAAAGAUAAGGAGCUUGAAAAAAAAUUACGAGACAGUAGUGAUAGACCUAGAGAAAAGGAAAAAGAUAGAUACGAAGGUAGGAGGAGUUAUAGGAGUAAUGAUUUUUCAACUCCAAGUAGCACGGAUCUCGGUUAUGGAACUGCUCCUAGCGAGUUUUCCGCUGCUAGUUUCGGAUCUGCUGGUACAACACCUUUAGCAUACGAUUAUCAUGGUCACCAUAUACCACCCCCUAUUCCUAAUCAUUUUCCUUUCACCACACCUACUUAUCAUCAUAUUCCCGCACCCCCGCCUACUGUAUGGCCCACAACUCCAAUGGCUACUCCCCAAUGGCCUCCAGAAAGCUGGGAUACAUCUCCUGCGGGUUUAACGACACCUGUAGCCUCUAAUAUUAAAUGGAGUAGUAAUGUUGAUGAGAAACCCCAGCAAAAAAAUAAGGAAAGAGAGCAUAAAGAAAAAGAAAGAGAGAAAGAUAAGAAGAGGGAUAGCGGGAAGAGUAAAAAGGAAAAAGAACGCGAACGGGACAAGGUCGAAGAAGAUAACAAACCACUAGAUCUGGAUACUCGUAUCGCUCUUCUUCUAAAAGAUAAAGGAUCUUGUGGUAUGGCCCCGCCUUUUCUAAGUUUCGGCGCCGAUUCAGACGACGAAUCCAAAUCUACUGAUUACCUGAAACAAGUUCCUAUUCCUACAUCAUUGGAUAGUGACGAUGAUGAUCGUUCUAGUAUAUCUUUGAGUGAUAUGGCUAUAAAUCCACCUGCACCUGAUACGGAUUUCGAUUUUUCCAAAAACGAUGAAAAUUCCCCUCUCUCUGUACCACCAUCGCCUUUCCUUUCAAUGGAAAUUUAUUUAAAUUGUCAUCAGCUAGCAUUAGAACAGGCUGUAGUAGCGAAGCAGCGGGAGGCUUUGGAAACGACGGCGUUAUUGAAAAAGGCACAAGAAAUGAACAAAAUUGGUAGCGAUAUAUCUUCCAGUGAGGAUGAAUUGUUGAUCGGUGGCCACAAUUACAGCCCUAUCAAUACAUCCGAAUUCAAAAACGAAUUUGUCAUGGAAAAAGUGAGUAAUGACGACGAUCGGAUGAGUUUGUCAUCGUUAAGUAGUAACGAGAAGAUAGAAGAAGCAAAACCGGAACCGCCGCCGCCUCCGUUACCUCCGAAUCCUCCUACAGCAGCUCCACCUCCUUUACCACCCAUACCUGGACUUUACCCGCCGCCGCAUUAUCCGCCAGGCAUUCCGCCACCUUAUCCAGCUGCGUUAUUAGGAAGACCAGCUACGGUUCUACAAGCAAAUUUAAGAGGUUAUCCAGGUCCUCAUUAUGCCACGCCGUUUCAUCAUUACCCGACUCCUCCUCCUCCACCUUCGUACGGUCAUCAAAACUGGCGACCUACGUAUCCCUACGGUGGUCACCACAUGUACCUUCCUCCGUUCCAAUACGCCCAAUUUCCACAAUACCCUACACCGCAGUAUAAUCCUUAUCAACUUCCCCCUAAAAAAACGGAAGAUAACAAAAAUUACCCCCACGCCGCCACCAUUAAUUCCGUGAUACAACAAGUGACCCAAGAAUUGAAGACCAUCCUUAAAAGGGACUUUAAUAAAAAAAUGGUGGAAUCUACGGCGUUUAAUAAAUUCGAAUCUUGGUGGGAAGAAGAGAGCUGCAAAGAAAAUAAGAUGAAAGAUAAGGAAGAUCAACAAUCGGAUAAAGCAGUUUUGUCGCGAGACAACAUCAACGUACUUUUAGAAUCGACACGAGAAAAUCUCUACAGUAACAUAAACCUGGAUUCUUCUAUGGGUAUGGGUUUGGGUUUGAAAGCGUCCCUACCGAAAAUGCCGAGUUUCAGACGGAAGAAGAUCCCGUCUCCCAUACCAGAAGAUGAGGACGGUCGAAAAGCAUCCGAUAACGAAGAAAUAAUCCACGAUUCAGAUUCGGAAGCUACGGCUAGGAGGGAAAGAAAGACUUCUGUCAGUAGUACCAGUAGUUCGUUUAGUACUUUCACGUCAUCGAGCGACAGUGACAGUUCAGACGAAAGUUCUUCGGAUUCGGAAACCGAAGCAGAACAAAUAAAUAGGAGUGGAACUCCCGUAGCUAACGAAAUUAAAAAAAUUAAAGAAGAAGAAGAAAUGGAAAUCGAGGGUCGACUAAGCGAACCUAUGGAAGAAAGUAAUUCGCCGCUACGCGACGAUAUACAGGCGAUGAAUAAAACUCCUGAACCGAUACAAAUCGAUCGUGACGAUUUGGCAGCUAUUAAAAAACCAUCACCGGAAACUGUUCAUAAAAAAUCUCUAAUUUACGAUAGCGAUAGCGAUAUGAGCGAUACGGAACGAAUGAUUUUAGAAAGACGUAGAUUAAAUACCGAAUAUAUGGAACAGAUUGAAAAAGAAAAACAAGAAAUGUUAGUAAAACAAACCAAAGAUAAUAAAAUUACUACGGACGAAUUGAAAUUAGAAGAAGAAAGUUCGAUUGAAAUGAAGGAUGUUAUGGAAAAAUCCUUGGAAGAAUUGGAAGCGGAACGGGACGCUUUAUUACAACAAGUCAGAAAUCCUGAACCGCCUUGUAUAACAGACACGAAAGAUAAAUUGAAGAGGGUAUUUGAUGAAGUGGUGAAAGAAAAGUUCGUAAUGAGUGAAUCGGAAGAUGAAACGAAUCGUGAUAAGAAGAAGAAACAACGGAUGGAUUUGAACGGAGAUAUAACAACGGUUAAAAGGUUAUCCGAAAGUUCAACUGGCGAAAGUAGUCCUUCAAGUCAAGUUGUGAUUGAGCAUUCGUAUUGCAUGCAACGACCAGAUUUACCGAAUACGCAACAACAAGAUCAACAACACGAUGCUACUGUCGUCCUUAAGGAUCACGAAUACCUACCGAAAGAAGAAAAAAUUGAAAUUCAAAAACCGGUAUCACCUAAACCGGUUAAACCCCGUAAACAGAAGGGACGUAAAAAAUUACAAGAAUUACAAAAUAAAUACGAUUACGAAAAUCAAUAUUAUUGGAAAAAAUCUGAUAUUCCUUAUAAUAUACAUGGUGGGAUUCAACAUAAGAUUAGAGAUCAAAUGUCUGAAUUCGGUAUUAUUUACGAAUUUCUCGCUAAGGGUAUCGACAAAGAAGAUGUAGAAUAUAUUAAAAAAUCUUACGAAGAAAUGCUCUCGAAUGACACUAUGGGUUAUUGGUUGAACGAUACCCAUUGGGUGGAUCAUUGUAUUACGGAUCUCUAUUCUAGUCCUCCAAAACGAAGAAAAAAAGACGAAAGACAACACGUGACCGGUAGUGCUCGAACUGAAGGUUAUUAUAAAUUAUCGGCACACGAAAAAUCUAGGUACAAAUAUCAUCAUGCGAAAUCGCACGCCAUUACUACGACUUUGGCAUCGGCGGCUGUUAAUAAACAAGGAUUAAGUAGGGAGGCGAGAUCGAAUCAGAGGAGGUUGCUAACCGCUUUCGGUGGUGAUACCGAUUCAGAUUUGCUUAAAUUCAACCAACUGAAAUUUAGAAAGAAGCAACUUAAAUUUGCGAAAUCUGCCAUUCACGAUUGGGGGCUGUUCGCCAUGGAACCAAUCGCAGCCGAUGAGAUGGUUAUUGAAUAUGUUGGUCAAAUGAUCAGACCAAGUUUGGCCGAUCUAAGGGAACAGAAAUACGAGGCAACAGGAAUUGGUAGUUCGUAUUUAUUCCGUAUAGACUUGGAAAAUAUUAUAGACGCCACAAAAUGUGGUAAUCUAGCCAGAUUCAUCAACCAUAGUUGUAACCCAAACUGUUACGCAAAAGUGAUAACUAUUGAAUCACGUAAGAAAAUUGUGAUAUAUUCCAAACAGAACAUAGGAGUUAAUGAAGAGAUAACGUACGAUUACAAAUUCCCCAUUGAAGAUGAAAAAAUACCGUGUUUGUGUGGCGCUCCCCAAUGUAGGGGUACUCUCAAUUAAAUUGGUUCUGAAGACAUGGAUCUAAUCUAAUGAAUUUAGUUAUUCGUAUCUUUUCAAAUGUCUGAUAAGGAUUUCGGUACCUCUUUUACCUUUUUGUCCCUAGUUUAUUUCCCAUUUCUUCUAUCACCUUCUUUUUUUCACCCUUUCAUAUCUAGUUUGUUUGGUUUAUCAAUUUCUGUCUUGAUCUCUCUCUUUGUGUUCCAAUGGUGUGUUUUAUCUACUCUAUUUGUACUUUUUCAGGUGUCAAAUGAGGUCUUCGGUACAUCUUUCAUCUUUUUAACCCCAAAGUAUCAAAUUUUGUCUUGAUAUUCCUGUUCAUCUUUUAACAGUGUAUCUUACCUACUUUAUUUGUACCUUUCCAGGUGUCAGAUGAGGGUUUUGUACCUCUCACACCCCUUUAUUCUACCGUCUCCUCUUUUUUAUCUUUUUGUCGCUAGUUUAUCAAUUUCUGUCUUGUUCUGUUCCUUAGUUUUUCAAUGUUGUGUCUUAUCUACCUCAUUGUGUCAAAAUAGGCCUUCAGUACUUCUCCUAUUGCCUCUUUUACCUUUUUGACCCUGGUUUAUCAAUUUUUGCAUUGAUAUCUUCGAUUUCAGUUCUUGUACCUAUUUUCUUCUUUUCACCUUUUUGUCCCGAAUUCCUUCCUUUUUUAAUUGUGUGUUUCACCUACUUUAUUUUUUUCUUUAUCCUAAUCCAUGACGAUUCAGAAGUUUCUUUUUGUUUUCUAUUUUUGCCUCUGUUGUUACAUUAUGUUUCUAAUGUCUUUGUUCUUUUUGUCCCGCUAUUAAAUAUACAUUGUGGGAAAGCGACUAACGAUGAGGUGUAAAUAUUUUGUACAAAUCGGCGAUCUUUAUUUUUUUUUUUGAAAAAUGGAUGUGUGAUGUUUUAAAUAAAAAAACAUUCUAGGUUAAGUGUGUAUUGUAUAUAAUAGAAUCGAUAAUUGUGAACUUUUUUAAUUGAGUUAUUUUUUAUUUGUAAAUAUAUAUUUCCUUUGUAUAUAUUAGUCAUAAUCCAUUAUUGUUAAUAUUGUUUUUAAUUGAAAAAAAUAAGCUGAAAGAGAGAAUAUACAAAAAAAUUGUA